UGGCAGCAAGCGCAGGCUAAUGAUUGCCUACGCUCACACGUUGAGGCAGAAACGACCACGUUCAAUGUUUCUCCACAGAGCUGACUUAAGCCUUCGUCCCCGUGCGAAAUAUCGUGAUUCUGACUAAAAGAAAGUUUGUUUUCUUCGUCGGAGCGGUGGGAAAACAUCACGACCCCGACCAUGAUCAACACCAUGGAGUGUGCAGUAGAUGCACAAAGUCUCAUUUCGAUAUCUUUACGGAAAAUCCACAACUCCCGUACGCAGAGAGGAGGAAUCAAGCUGCACAAAAACCUGCUGGUCUCCUACGUACUGAGGAACGCCAGGCAAGUCUACAUGAACGAGAAGUACGCCGAGAUCUACAGGAUGCAGCAGUACGAGGAGGUGAUGACCGUCUGCAACGAGAUCCAGGAGCUAAACCCGCUCGAUUUGAUGGAGGACUGCGAGGAGCAGACGGGGGACUGCUGCGGCAGCGCGAACGAGUCGGCGAGCCUCUGCGGCGCGCUCUUACCCGUCAGUCACCAGGCUCCUUCGGUGCAGCACAUCCAGCCCAGCAGCGCCUGCUCGGUGCCCCUGGCUCUCCAAAACGAAGAGGUCUGCAAAGCUCCGGAGCCCUCGUUCUACCGCAGCUGCUGCGCGGAAGCCUACCCCGUGUCCAACUGUGACUUUUCGCCGGUAAACAACAUGCACUGCAACAAAACUACAGUGCUCGAUUUGGACACGCAUGUCGUUACCACAGUAGAGAACGGGUAUUUGCACCAGGACUGCUGCGCUUCGCUCCAACAGUGCUGCCAGGGCGCACAGAGCCCAGCCAAGAAACGCAAGCUUGACUUUGGUUACUACGUGUCCGAGAUCGAGGAGGUACCGGAUUUUACGCCGUGCAAAAGAGCGAAAUUCGAGGACUCUUCAUACGUGAGCACGGAGCAUUUGGACACGUCGAACAUUUCCAACCUCAUCUCGAUCUUCGGCUCGGGGUUUACGGGACUGGUGAGCAGACAAGCGGACUUGGAGCAAGCCUUAAACGGACAGUUCUGUAGCAAACAAGCCCUGGCGAGUUUAGGGGCUUGGACGAGAGCUAUUGUAGCCUUUUGACUCUGUGGUUAAUGCGAAUACAGAUACUUUAUGAAAUUGUACAAAGUCUAAGACAAAUUGACUUUUAUUUUUGCAACAAAGUUAUUUAAGCGUUUUUUAUUUGGUUUGUUUUUAGUUUCGUUUCAGUGGGGGAGGCGGACAGUGGUUGUAGCCUACCACUUGUGAUGUAUCCUUUAAAACAAAUGUCGAUAUCACAACAAACGUUUUAAUACGAAGUUGAAUUUCGUUGCCUUAAACCCAACGCAGACUGCUAGCUAUGGCCACAAACAUGGAAAGUCUCUGAAUGUUUCGCUCGUGGAUUGUUUCCCUUUUCUCUCCCCUUCCCAGGAACUUUCACAAAGAUGUAUUGUAAAAUAACAUUACUAGUCAUGUAAUGUUGGGAAUAACAGGCUGCAAACGGAGAAGCCUACCCACUGCACGCUUAUUUCUCACAGACACAAUACACUUUAAGCAGUCGUGUCAUAUUUUGUAACAUUUUAACGUCUUAACUACCACCAGUUUACCAGUAGAACAGGCUACUACAACAAGACUACAUCUGAGCUAGUGUUGUUGUUAACGUAGAGCUACAGGAAGAGGACUGGCUUAAACAGACUACAUUCUGUAAUAUCAUACAAGGCAAUCAAGUAGGCUAAUGAAGGUGCAAUAUUUGAACCCCCUCCCUGUCUUGAGUUUGUUGUUUUCUGUAUUAUGAAUUGUGCUGUUGAAAGUGGCGAGGACUGGUGCGUUUUGUUGACUGCACUGACCUACAGCUCCAGUUCCUCUGAGUGUGUUUGUAGUUCACCUAUGCCAGUCACCUCAUCAACACUGAAAGUUGGGGCCAUUAAUUAACACUACAACUCCCAUAAUGCACGCCGUGAUUUAAUCUGCCAGGUAUUUUUGUUGACUAUCCAGUCUCCAGCAUUAACCAUUUCCCGCCCCCUUGCUCUCAGAAAAAGUUAAAGCCUUCACAGUAAUUCAUGAUGCCAGCAUUUGCUUGGUUUUGUGGGUUUGAUUUUAUUUUCUACAAACUUAGACCUUUUGUUCUAAAAAGGCAAUCUCAUAAAUUAGCCAUACGUCCUCACAUUAUAUAAGCACUAUGUGUACUGAAUUAAAGACGUUUUCAGACGUAUUCUCCAUAUUUUGUUGGUAUUCUUGUAUUUUUGUGCAUAUUAAAUUGUAUAUCACCGGGUAAAACUGUUUUAGAAAGUAUUUGUUUAAAAUUUAUAACCUUAAUAAAAAAUGAAACUUA